AUGGAGUUAAAUUUGAGCAGCACUGAGGCUGCAAGUGAAAACCAGCAUCAGGCAGCUGCAGCGGUCUGCAGAAAAAAAGACAAGAACAGGAUCGUGGCAGUCAUGGACUUACAUUGCGAAUAUAAUGAAAUUUCGGCCUCCGAACAGCAAUCAGGCAAGAUAAGUAGGACGGCAUUUAAGUUAUUUGGGAGAAGAAAAUCAGGGGGCACAAUGCCCAAUAUCUUCAGUAUGAAAAACAAAGGGGAUGGGAAAAGCUCUUUGAAAAUGGGGCUUGUCCGAAGCAAAACACACGAUGGAAUUGCUGAUAUGGGAUUGGAAGUAAGCAAGAAGGAUGAUUCUUUGAGCAAUUAUCAAUUAGAUAAUGACUCCAGUACAAAAAUAGUCAGCAGUAUGAGCUUUGCUGCUGGAGGCUGUGGAUCCAUUGCCAAGUCUCACAGUUUCUUUUCUUUACUCAAAAGGAAUAGUAAAUUAGAAAAUUGCAAGGGGGAGUCAAUAUAUUCAAACUCCGACCAGAUGAAAGAGAAGAGUUGCAACAGACAAAAGAAAGGUCUCAAAGGAUUGUUCAGUAGCAUGAGAUGGCACAGAAAGGACAAAGUCAGCAAAGGGGGAAAGGCUAAGCAUCAUGAAAUCCCCGACUUUAUUACAUUGCCCAGCUCUUUGACUGCGAGUUUAGAAUGUGUUAAAGAAGAGUCACACAAAUUUUAUCCUGAAUCUGAAAGUACUGGAAUGGAAAUGCAAGAUAAAGAUUCCUGUGAAAUACAGGGUACUAAUGAGAAUGCUUCCACCGAGGAUCCUGAACAAGCAACUGGGAAGAUUUCCCUUCCAGAGCUAUAUCAGUAUGUGGAGAAUACUGCCUUUGAUAGCCACUCAUCGGACCAUCGUGCUAAUGGCAAAGCUUCAGAACAGGUAGAGGACAAACAGGAUGAAAAUUUACACAAUGUGACACAGGAUGUACAAGAAGAAGGUGCUCCCAAUACUGCGUCCACAUCUUGCCAUCUUCCUGAACCUACAACGUCUGGGGCACUUAACAACGAUCCACCUGCAGAGCAGUCAAUUGAUGGAAUUUGCAUCAUGUUUUCUGAUGUCACAUCGUUAAAGAGCUUUGAUUCAUUCACAGGAUGCGGGGAUGUUAUCGUUGACCAGGAUGAAGACGGAAACGCCUGUGAAGGUGGAGGUGCUGCGGAAAAGGUCAGGAGCAGCGGCAGGAAAAGCACGAAUAUCCUGAGCUAUCAAGGGGGAGGAGAAGAAAUGGCCAGCCCUGAUGAAGUUGACGAUGAGUAUCUGCAAGAGUUCUGGGGCUCACCUCCCCCAGUCGCUGAGCCUCUUAAAGAGAAGCAGGAGCACGAUCCAACUAAUCAAACACGACUGGGUGAAGCAACUUGCCUGAAUCAGGCAGAGAGCAGUAGCUUAGUCAAACAACUUAGUUUGAAUUAUAUUCCUAUAAAUAAGAAUGAUAACGAAAAACAAUCGACCACAAAGUGUGAGCAACAAGAAAGUGUUCCAAAUAGCGAUGAGGGAUACUGGGACUCCACAACUCCCGGGCAUGAAGAUGAAAAUGGGAAAACUCUUGCUACCAAGGCAAGCAUUCCAAGAGACAGUUGCAGUGGAGAUGCCCUGUAUGAUCUGCUUACAGAUCCAGAAGAAAGCCUGACAAGUAUUGUUUCAGAUGAAGAAAUGUGCUCUGUUUCUGAACCUAAAACGUUGUCUCCAAAAGCUGUGUCAUCUGCAGUCAACGUGACUACCUUCUCCAAGGACAGGAAUGUAUCUGCCAUUCCCAGGCACAAGACCACUUUUUCUGUUCGCCAAGGAGAAGCCAAUCAUAUUCCGUGUUCUCAAACAUUUCAACAGUUGUUAGGAUGUGAGCCAGCAAGAACAAAAAUCCCUAUCGCUAAGACCUCCAUUUCCAGACCCAGUAGUAGAAGCAUCACUGGGACAAGCGCAAAAGCUCCAACGAACAAGGGAGGUACAAAAAAAUAG